CGAAUACCAACAAAGACACCUCUGGAUGGAUCGGAUCCAUGGCCAAGCAGAUCCCACAUGUAUUGCAAUGCGGAUGUUUUGGCUUUCAGUCGCGGAACUGGACCGCAGAGGCGCGAGGCACCACCACUUUGACUCAGCGAAAGCUGGACAAGGUGAUGGAGAACGCUGCCUGUGCCAUCCACCACUGGGAUCCAGAUGAGUGGCUGGAUAUCGCCUCGCUGCAGGAGGCGGGCCAGUCCCGAGCAUCGGUGACGUCCAUGCAGCGGAAGGUCGAUAGCUUGCCGCUGGCCGUGAAGCGGCUGCCGAAUAGGUGGAUCAAGGAUGGGCAAUCCGAGUUUGAGCAGGACCACCCUCAGGCUUCUGAGAAGCCUUGGGUGGAAAUAGGCUUGCUUCGGUAUCUCAAUGCUCUCGGGUUUCCAUAUGUUUGUGAGCUGAUCGGGAUCUUCCGCGAUGAAGAGUUCACUUAUGUGGCGACCUCGCUCGCCUCGGAAGGCGACCUUUUUCAGUGGGUAGAGCAGACCAGCCUCGUGCCGGGCAUGGAACGCGAGAGCAUUAUUCGGCAGAUGUUGGUGCAGUUGUUUUCGGCCGUGUACAAGCUGCAUGAGCUGGGCAUAGCUCACCGCGACCUUUCUCUAGAGAAUGUAUUGCUGACCUCAAGUGCCGAAGGAUAUCAGAUCAAGCUGAUCGAUUUUGGCAUGGCGACGCUGUCUCAAACAUGUGGCGCCGAGAUUCGAGGAAAGAAAGCCUACCAGGCUCCAGAGAUGCACACCGACCCAGAGUACGAUAGCUUCCUCGCGGACGUCUUUGCUCUGGGUGUGGUGGUGUAUGCCAUGGCGCUGAGCGACUAUCCGUGGACCGCAACGAAGCUGGGGACAUGCAAGCUGUUUGAUUUCAUCCACACGUGGGGCUUUGCAGAGUUCAUCAAGAAGCGAACCUGCCGAAGAGGACCUGCAACCUAUAUCGAGGAGGUCCUGUCGGCGGAGCUGGUGGAGCUGUUGGAGGGCCUCAUGGAGCCGCGAGAAGAGCGGCUCUGCCUGGGUGAGUCUUACUACCGCGAUACCUAUCGUUGGUCUGCCUGGAAUAUGGCAUGGAUGGAGGGCACUACUCAGAAGCGGAGCACCUGUUUGAUGAGUUAGCGGAGUGCCAUCAUGAGGGGACUCGGUGAAAACUGUGACGGCCUGACCUGGUGGGCGUCCCCUGAUGUUUCCUAGCCUUAGCCGGCAGGCGUCUGCUGGGCUUCGCUGGGAAUAGUUUACCCCGCCGGCACGCCCUCUUUUUCCGCUUUUUGACAGUGGGUUACACUGGCACUAGAUUCCGUGGGUCUGUGCGCGCAGUUCUCAUGGCUUUUGGAUCGGCUUGCCCGCCCCCUGGUUGCGAGAACUGUAUUAGGUGCGCACAUGAAAGACUUGCCCUCAACUUGCUGC